GGAAUGACAGGGAACUGAAGUUUGCCCGGACAGUGAUUUUCACUGUGGAGGAGAUCAACAGAGAUACUAAGCUACUUCCUGGAGUGAGUCUGGGCUACAGGCUGUACAAUGGCUGUGGGAGUGAAAAUUUGAUACGGGCAGCUGUAGAAGCUGUAAAUGGAGAGGACUCAAAGAGCUGUAGUGGUCAGAUUCAGGCUCUUUUAGGUCAUUCAUCUUCUGGAGUGAGUGAAGACAUAAACAUGAUACUAAGCCCAUUAUCCAUUCCACAGGUGAGAAAAAAAUAUAAAAUUGGGGAAUUUGGGAAAUAAGCACACUGUGCAAUGUUCAUUAUUAUAGUAAUUUAUUCAUAUUUGCUUUUUAUAUAUAUUUAUAUGUUUUUAUUUCCUAUUUCUUUGAAGGUUAGUCAUCUUUCAACCUGUGCUUGUUUGAGUGACAAACGACUAUAUCCCACAUUCUUCAGAACAGUGCCAAGUGACCGCUUCCAAAUCAUCGGUCUGGUGCAGCUUAUGAAAUACUUUAACUGGCGCUGGGUGGGGAUUAUUUAUUCUGAUGGUUUGUACUCAGAGGAAGGUACAGCUGAAUUCAUUGAUGAAGCAAAGAAACAGGAGAUAUGUGUUGAAUACAUACUACCUUUCUCUAAGAAAUCUGAAAUCAAAUUCAAAGCUAUUUUAGAGACAUUAAGGGAAUCCUCAUCCAAUGUGGUCCUGUUAUUUAUGUCUCUGUCUUUCACCAAAUCGUUCCUUUCAAAAAUGGAGAAUUAUAACAUAACAGGAAAGCAGUGGGUUGGUAGUGAGUCUUGGAUCACACAAGCAGACCUUGCUUCGGCUGAAAGAAAAGGAAUUUUACAAGGAGCGAUGGGCUUUGCCAUCCCUCAGGCAUCCAUACCAGGUCUUGGUGAAUUCCUACUCAGCUUAAAGCCAUCUGAUGAACCACAGAGUGCUAUAAUUAAAGCUGUGUGGGAGAAUUUCUUUGACUGCAGCUUCUCUCCUUCAAAUACAUCCGCUAUCUGCACUGGCACAGAGGAUCUCCGGACAGUUUCCAGUGACUACACAGAUGUGACAGAUUUCAGGGCUGAGAAUAAUGUGUACAAAGCUGUGUAUGUGGUGGCAUAUGCAAUUCAUGCAUUAUUGCAAUGUGAAAAUGGAUCAAAUCCAACCACGGGAAAGCCCUGUGUGAACAAGACCGAAGUUAAGCCUAAGCUAGUAAGUUAUAGAAAAUGUAUCCAGGCACAGUAAUGUAUAUUUGGCAUGUAAUGUUUUGAUUUU